AUGGAACGUUCAACAGAUGCAUGUCUGCCGUUUUCUGAAGGACAUAGUUCCGUUCUGUCCCGUGACCAGGCUGGUAGCGGCCCAGAGUCUGAGAAGUACUGGUCCCAGCCGACCGACCGGUCUGAAAAUGAGAGCCUCCCACCCGUUCUCCCAAAAGGCCCUUCAAGCUUUCAUCUUACACCUGCUUUCAUCCACGCCUUUUCUGGUGCUACAGCCGGGUUCGCCUCGGGCAUCGUGACAUGCCCUCUUGACGUCAUCAAGACCAAACUUCAGGCCCAAGGGGGUUUUGCACCUGUCCCCGCUCCUGCAGGCGGUAGAGCAGCGGGUGCUUUAAACCUCCACACAGCUCCUUCGGCAAAUUACAGGGGUUUGGUGGGGACGGCAAGGAUCAUUUGGAGAGAAGAUGGAUUCAUUGGGUUCUAUAGAGGUCUAGGGCCUAUCAUUCUGGGCUACCUCCCAACUUGGGCUGUAUAUUUCACUGUCUAUGAGAAAGCCAAGAAGGUCCUCAAAGUAGAAGAGAGCAAAAGCCCCUGGCUCACGCACAUAGUGUCUGCAAUGAUUGCUGGAGGUUGCUCUACCAUCUGCACAAAUCCAAUAUGGGUUAUAAAGACCCGCCUUAUGUCACAGGCUCAUCAAAAUACCACGACGCACCAAGCUCCCUGGCAAUACAAAUCUACUCUAGAUGCUGCGAAAACUAUGUACAAAGUCGAAGGCAUUAGAGCAUUUUAUUCAGGCCUAGCGCCAGCCCUGCUCGGAUUGAGUCACGUCGCCGUCCAGUUUCCCCUGUAUGAAGAAUUCAAAAGAAUGUUCCGAGAGUCCGAAGCUUGGAAUAGUGAGAAGGGCGAGUUUUAUAAUCUAACCGGGAUCCUUGCUGCAAGUAUUCUUAGCAAGAUCUGUGCUAGUUCCGCCACCUACCCUCACGAAGUUAUCCGAACUCGCAUGCAAACUCAGCGUCGCGUUAACGGCGAGGGCAAGUUGUCUAGAGAACCGUUUGUCCCACGGUAUCAGGGAGUUGUACAUGCGGUCAAAACGGUCUAUAGGGAAGAAGGUUGGAGGGCCUUUUAUGCUGGAAUGGGUACCAACAUGGUUCGGGCUGUUCCUGCCUCCGCUAUGACCUUACUAACCUACGAAUUCAUGGUAAAGGAAAUGUUGUUUGGGCCUUCGGAACGGAGUGGCAGACGAAGCGAAGAUAAGGCGUAA